UUCGCUUAUUUAUUUUUAUUUUCUCCUUCUGUUAUACUGGGAUUGCCUUGCUUUCUUCACAUAUAUAGCGAGGGAGACCAAAAACGCUUACAAAUUUUAAUGGGUGCUUCGAUCUAUGCUCUCUUCACUCUCAGCGAAAUCCCUUAAACAAAACAAACCCAUUUAUUUUGGGAUUGCUUGUGUUGAGGGAAAGAGUUUUAGAAUCUUUCCUUGAGAAGGGCUUUCAUGGGUUGAACUCAAAGAAUAAUGGGAAGUUUGAGUGAAGAAGAGUACCGGUUUUUUGAUGCCUAUGAAGACAUUGCAUCAAUUUCUGAUGCGAAGUCUGAUAGCAAUGAGAUAUUUGAUUCUCAUUCUAGUUUUGAUAACUCCAUUACUAGGAGUCCUCCUUAUGAACUGUGGAUGAAGAGCCCUGGAAGUGUUCAGGAACGGCGGAGUAAGUUCUUUGAUUGGAUGGGAGUCGAUGUAGAUCAAAAUGGGUAUAGCAAUUUAGAAGAAUUUAGCUUGGAAGGAGAGAGUGAUAGAAUUAGAGAAAGCAGUGGGACUGUGUUGAGAAAUUCAUGUUUUGAAGAUGAUUUUUGUUCGACUCGAUCUAUGAUGUCGUGUUGGUCUAAUGGUGGAUCUAAUUUGUUAGCGGAGUUGGGUUCUGUGGAGAAUUUUGUUUGCAGAGAUGGGGUUUCGGGUAGCGGAAUGAUGUGCAAUGUAGAUGAAUUGGGGCAGGAUGGGGAAGCAAAUGAAGGUUGCGAAGGGGGCUCAGAACAGUCAGUAACAGCAGAGGAAUCUGAGAAAAAUUCUGAGUCAUAUCCCUCAUUUCAACAACUUGUGCAGAAAGAAGUUGGGGAACCAAAUACUUUAGUUGAUACUCCAAGGAGACUUAAGAAAGGGUGGCUGAGUAGAAUCCGUUCCAUAACAUGCAUUGUGGAUAGGCUACAGGAAGCUGACAAAUUGAGACAUGAUGAUGAUGAUGCGCUUCUGAGGCACAGGGUACAAAGGAUUAAGGUUCGCCGAUGUGGGAAGCGAACAAAGGAACUUUCAGCUCUUUAUAAAGGGCAAGAUAUCCAGGCCCAUGAGGGUUCGAUUUUAACCAUGAAAUUUAGUCCUGAUGGGCAGUACCUUGCAAGUGCUGGUGAGGAUGGGGUUGUGCGUGUGUGGCAAGUACUGGAGGGUGAGAGAUCAGAUGAACUUGACACUCCAGAAAUAGAUCCAUCCUGCAUGUACUUCACGGUGAACCAGCUACCCGAGUUGAAACCCCUCUUUUUUGAUACAGCUAAAAUGAGGAGCAUGAGGAAAACAUCAGAUUCUGCAUGUGUCAUUUUCCCUCCAAAAGUUUUCCGGAUUUUGGAGAAACCAUUGCACGAGUUCCAUGGGCACAGUGGAGAUGUCUUGGAUCUCUCAUGGUCCAAGAAUAAUCAUUUGCUUUCAGCUUCAGAGGAUAAAACUGUCCGUCUAUGGCAAGUGGGAUGUGACUGUUGCCUCAGGGUCUUCCCACAUAGCAAUUAUGUAACCUGUGUUCAGUUUAACCCUGUGGAUGAUAAUCACUUCAUGAGUGGUUCAAUAGAUGGAAAGGUUCGCAUAUGGGCGGUCAAUAGUUGCCAAGUUGUUGAUUGGACUUAUAUAAAAGAUAUAGUUACUGCAGUGUGUUAUCGUCCAGAUGGGCAGGGAGGGAUUGUUGGCUCCAUGACAGGCAAUUGUCGCUUUUAUAAUAUGUCAGACAGUCACUUGCAACUUGAUGCUCAGAUCUGCUUACUUGGUAAAAAGAAGUCACCUUGCAAAAGAAUAACUGGCUUCCAGUUUUACCCACAAGACUCCAGCAAAGUAAUGGUGACUUGUGCUGAUUCACAAGUCAGAAUUCUCCAGGGACUUGAUGUGAUAGGCAAAUAUAAAGGCAAUGCAGCAAACCAGUUAUCUGCAUCUUUUACCUUGGAUGGAAAACAUAUUGUCUCAACCUGUGAGGAUUCCAGUGUACAUUUAUGGAAUUACAUGGAUCAGGAACAACCUUCUACUCCUCGAUCAAAAAACUCAAGGUCUUAUGAGCAUUUCACUGCCAAUGCAUCUGUUGCAAUACCUUGGUGUGGAAUGAAAUAUGGGGGUUCAGAGAAUGGAUGGGGAUUUCGUGUUUCAGACAAUAGUUCACAGGAAGUUCUACCUCUUUCUUCCCCGGCUAGUUUUUCUCUGAGCCAAGAAUAUUUCAUAGAGUCUUUUCCCAAGGGUUCUGCUACUUGGCCAGAGGAAAAGCUUCCGUCAAGCCCAUUAUCUGCCUCCUCAACAAUGCACAAAUCCCAGUACAAGUUCCUGAAAAAUUCAUGCCAGAGCACUGCCACUUCUCACGCAUGGGGUCUGGUCAUUGUGACUGCAGGGUGGGAUGGAAGAAUAAAAUCAUUCCACAAUUAUGGGUUACCAGUUGCUGAUUGAUCAGGAUUGAUCCUUUUCAUUGGGAUUUUUAGUGCCCCCUUUGAUGGGAUUACUUGCCCCAAAAUCUGGUGCUGCAUAGGUGACCAAUGCUGCGUAGCUUUGAGUUUGACAUCAUUGAAAGUUGCCAGCUUGCUCUGCUUUUAAUGACUAAUGCAUUGUAGCUUUGAGUUUGACAUCAUUGAAAGUUGCCAGCUUGCUCUGCUUUUAAUGACUAAUGCAUUGUAGAUGAAUGUUUGAGAAGUUGGGGCGGCCCUUUCUUGGAUCACGGUGCUCUGUAAAGAAUCAUAUAUGACAAGUGGUAACAGUUCUAUGGUUGCGAUGAUUAUCCAGCUUGGGGUGAGCAAGAGGAUGAGGUUAGCUUAUCUUGAUGCGCAGCUUAAUUAUAAAAUUAGCUGAUAUUAUUUUUGCAUGAGAAAUUGGUUUCUGCCGGCCCAGAAAAAGAUGCUAGUCAUGUGUUAGGAGAGGCCAGUUUGCCGUACUCUCUCUUUAUAAUAGAGGUGCUUGUGGGACCUUUGCUUAGCCUCUUCCUUUGGCUUUGCUAAAAUGGGAGGAGGGAAUCCAGAGCUGGUGGUUGCUGUUUAUUUGGGAGAAAAAUGGUGGGGAACUCUGCCAUUAUAACUUGAUGGCCAAUCUGAAUGAUUGAAUUGUUUGUCUGCCAUAUCAGGCUUCAUGGUAGGGUCGAUUUCACCUGAGCUUGACGGUGGGGUUGUAUUCUGCUUCAUUUUCAGCUGAAUGACUUGUUUGAUUAGCCAAGCACUUGCGAAUGUGAGUCCCCCUUUUAGCCUGGUGAAUGGAUUUCCAGUUGAAAGCUUCUGGCUUUUAAAAUUACGAGGAUGCUGGCACGCAGUUGACUACUUAUGAUCAUUGCUCAAGUGCUGUUUAUCCAUUUUUGUCUCGCUAACAGAAUUUUGUAUAUUGUGUCUCUAAAAUUCAUUCUAACAUCACUCAGAUUAGUUUUGAGGUUAUUUAUCUGCGGAAAAUGUAGAAGAAAUGGCCUCUGAGUUUAGCAUACGCAAUUGUGGCUAUGUAAAUAAACCUAUUCGGAGGUUAUUUUCCUUGUAAUCUGUUUUGGGAAGUGGCCUGGAAAAUGAGAAAACGAAAAUUGAUGAGCA